CUAGAUUCUGAUAAGUCAAUCAGAGGUCACAGCGUUUGUCAUGAAGCACAUUAAUUGUAUUUCCUUCAUCUAACCCGAAUCAUCAAAAAACCUGAGAGAGAAUGGCAUAAUUUACUUUUAUAGAUCUGUAUAUAACGACUAUUUCGUAUUUUGCUUUCAAGAUGAGAUACUAUGUCAGGCAUUUUACUGAAAUUUCGCGAAUGAUUCUUAAUGGGGCCCAAUUUGAACAAAAUGUGAUAUAAAAUAAAGACGUGAAGAUCAUUAAUUGUACCAUGUACAAUGACUGCUCAAGUCUUUAGUUAACUCCCAUUUGUUUGACACGCCAGUGUACAUAGAAAGAAACGACAUUGUCAUGUUUUGACCACGUGAGUUGUAAAACGUUCCAAGGUAGCAGGGCUAAUUUGACUAAUAUACGGAUGUUUUCUUUAAACAUUCAUUUCAGAAUUGAUAGAGGCAUAAGUUAAAAUUACCGUCCGUCGUUUACAAGCGUAACAAUUAAUAUUAACAAAGCGAAAAAAUUUAAAAGUCAAAAUUGACAACUUUCUGGUGCGAACAUAUGACGUACCCAACGAAUUUUCGUUGCGAUAUUCAAAAUGACAUAUUUCAGAUACUGACUUACCACCUAGAUAGAUUGAUAGUGGAUAUCUGGCUUCUUUUACAAGGCAAAACACGAAGUACGGACAUUUGAUGCUAUUUAUUUGGCUUAUUUAAAGUUUUGGUUGUCACUGUUCGCCUCUGUAUGGAUGAAAUAACUGAGAACAGGACUUCCAAAUGUCGGAACGGAUGUUUACACCGGGAGAGGGAAGAUAGAUUCUCCAAUGCGUACCUAUCAAAAAUAUGAAAAUAAAUCGAUUUUAUAAAAAAAGAGAAGAUUUUUACGGUAUCACACAUUCCUACCUAUUUAGUUUUAUCCUUAUUGCCCAAUUUAAAAUUCACCAAAAUAUUCUUCUAUCAAUCAAUGAUUUGUUGGAGAAAAGCUGCGCCUCAGGUAUCAUAAGCUGUUCUUAUCUAAAUCCUUUAUGUGGCACUAUUUGUAGUAGUUGUAUUAAAUUUUCUCGGAAGAUCAGUAGCGAUUGAAUUUUCCGAGAACUCCAAGAACCACAUAAUCCAUUCUUCGACCACAAACAGAAGUUGUUUGAAAAUGGCGUGAUGCUGUACCACGUGACCGUGUCAUGUGAUGUCCAACAUGGCGGACGUAACGUGACUGUCCAUAAACAAGUUUGGAUUUUGAACUUGGUCAAGUGUUUGAUUGACAGCCCGUUAUCGUGAUAGCGUGUGGGUUGUGUCACUUGAACACAAGCAGUUGAAGAGACGCCAUGGCAAGAAUAACUAGCAUCGUGUCUAUAAUUUUUGUCUGUGUCACAGGGAGCUUGGCUGUUGAUAGCCUGCGCUUCCUGGUGAUUGGUGACAUGGGGGGACUCCCUACCUACCCAUAUGUAACCUCCGUGGAACUCGGAACGUCGGUGGAGAUGGCUACUAUUGCUGACAAGUACGGAGUCUCGUUCAUCAUGGAGCUGGGGGAUAACUUCUACUAUGAUGGGGUGAAGACUGUUGACGACCCUCGGUUCAAGUUCACGUUUGAGCAAGUGUACACAGCGCCAUCUCUGCAAGUCCCGUGGUACUUUGUGGCAGGAAACCAUGAUCACAAUGGAAACGUGUCAGCACAGAUUGCCUACUCUCAAGUCUCCAAACGAUGGAACUAUCCCAACUUUUACUACCCACUGAGUUUCGACAUCCCGAACAGUGACGCCACUAUAGACUUUGUUAUGACCGACACUGUGACACUGUGCGGCAACGUCGCUGAUGACUUCCAUGGACUGCAGCCCCAGGGUCCAGUGGACAUUGCAUUCGCGGAAACACAGUGGCAGUGGAUUGACAAGACGCUAGCAGCCAGCAAGGCCACCUACCUGUUCACUACUGGCCACUUCCCGGUGUACUCCAUCGCUGAGCACGGCCCCACGGGCUGCCUGGUUGAUGGGCUAAUGCCCAUGCUACAGAAGUACAGGGCUAACGGACAUAUGUGUGGGCAUGACCACAACCUGCAGCACCUUCAGGAGACGAGGAACGGUCUGACGCUGGACUACAUCCUGUCCGGUUCCGCCAACUUUGUGGACCCCAGCACCGCCCACAAGGAUGCCGUACCCCCCAGCACCUCCAAGUUCCACUGGGCUGAUGCCUUCUCCAAGGGGGGGUUUGUGUACGCCGAGGCCACCCCACAGAACAUGACUGUGACCUACAUCCAGGCCAAUGGGGAUGUCCUGUACCAGACUGUUGUGCUCCCCAGGAAACAGUAACUGUCAAUCUGGAUCAUCCAGUCUGUCAUAUCUCUGUUCUGUUCUGAUAAAUACCGUGGACCCAUUUGUCAUCAAAGCCUUGUUACCAUCCCCAGUGCUAAUAUUGCAGAGGUUUUAUAUAAGAAUUUUGGGAUCUUUUCAUUUUGAUCUUUGUGAAAGGUAACAAUUUAAAAAAAAUGUUCGCAACCCGGGAUUUCACGUUAGAUUUACACUUUUUAACCGACAUUCUCUGAAAAACGAAUCUGUGAACCAUGUCAUUUCUCCUCAGGGAUAUCGGUCUUUGCGCUGAUCUUAUGAUCAAUUUUGUCAACUGUUUCUAAUUUCGGUCCAGUUUCUCACUGAAAGGAUAGACUUGCCUCCACUCUCUAGGGGGAAGUUGUCAGCAGACAGGGUGUAGACUUGCCUCCACUCUCUAGGGGGAAGUUGUCAGCAGUCAGGGUGUAGACUUGCCUCCACUCUCUAGGGGGAAGUUGUCAGCAGACAGGGUGUAGACUUGCCUCCACUCUCUAGGGGGAAGUUGUCAGCAGGCAGGGUGUAUUUUUUCGUAGACAUUCCAUUCAUAAAGCUCUCACAGGCAAAGUAACUAUUUUCAGUUAGCAUUUGAUUUCGGAAAGAAAUUCUUGGUUGGAUUCAACUAAUGCAAUUAUUAUCUGGAAUAUUGGAAUUGCAUUAGGUGAUUAAUUUUUUAUGGAUUUGCCGACAUCAAAAUAGCAAAAUAUAAAUAACAUGACAUUUUUUAUAUAUUUCCAAUUUACUACACCCAUGUUAGAAACAAAAUAACUAACUAAAUUAUUUGCUUAUAUGAAAUACAAAUGUAUGUAGCAAAGUGUUUCGUUUUACUAUAGUGAAGAAAUAACUAUCUGAUCCAACACCUCAUGAAUGAGGCUUCAACUACAGGGUGAUACAUGGAAGUUAAAGAUGGGGCUGGAUGUCUGCUGUGAAGAUUAUGUGUUUGAUUGCUUGUUUCUCUGUUGACACUCCAUGAAGUUGGACGAUAUACCUCAUCAGUGACUGUAAGUUAUAUUCAAGUUGUAGAAUAGAUACUUAGAAUCGGGAUGGUGCAGCAUAUUUACUAUUUUCAUGAAUUUGUAAUAUUUUCAUAAGUUGAAAUAAAGAAAGAUUUUAUGUACAUUUA